UAAAAAUAAAUGAAUUUUAAACCAAUAAAUAACCAAACAGCUUAACAAAUCAAACACAUCUCCAAAAUAGUCACCACCCAAUAAAAAUUCUUCUUUUUCUUGAGAGAGAAAGAGAGGGAGACAAGUUUGGUCUGGAUAAAGACAUUCAUUUCAAAUUUUGUCUGCAAAAUUCUCACGGGCGUUCGGAGACAGAGGUGGUGCACAAGAAUCCCUCCCCGGUCCUAUACAAGACUCUGGAAUGGGAAGAGAGGUUGUUGAGGUGCUUAUGGACCGAAACGCCGGCGUUUCAAGCGGUAGGGUUCACGUUGCUCCUAAGAUAGCUGCAGCUGCGGAGUCUGAGACUGAGGAAGAGAUCGAAGUCAAGGAAUGCACCGAAGAGAAUAAACCAAAAGUGGAAACUGCCGAGAGAACUGGAGCUCAAAGCUCGCCUAAAACUCCUAAAGUUUCAAAGCGUGAUGCUCCUCUUCUCCCGGCGAGGAAGCCAUUGCAACCAGAGAACAAGAAGCAUGUAGAUGAAGAUGAUAAUGUCUCCAUUGCUUCUUCCGUGGCAACUUCCUUGAGGAGGGCUAAGUUCGGAGUGACUCAUGGAAGCGCUCCAACGUUUAGGAGUGCUCAACGUGCUGAGCAGCGCAAAGAGUAUUACCAAAAGCUUGAGGAGAAAAACCAAGCGCUUGAAGCUGAAAGGAACGAGCUUGAACAAAGGCAAAAGGAAGAACAAGAAGCAGCGUUGAAAAAACUUAGAAAAAAUCUCAAGUUCAAGGCUAAACCAGUCCCCAACUUCUACUACGAGGCGCCUCCUGCCAAACCUGAACUCAAGAAGGUGCCUUUGACUCGUCCCAAGUCGCCAAAACUCAUCCUUUCUCGGAGAAAGAGCUGCAGCGACGCAGUCAGCUCGUCCUCGUCCCGUGAAGAGGUUCCGAAGACAGCAUCUAACCGGAACCGACACAGCACGGGAACAGUUCAGAACAAGAACACCAAUGAUGUGCACGACAGCCCUCGUUCCAGAUCAGGCAAGGGUAAAAGUGGGCUUAAACCACUCAACGAGUCCGUGGAAGAAGCUUGCGAGGCUUGAAAUGACGAUGAUUGAUGCCUUUGUGUUGUUGUUGGUCUGUGUUUAACUUUGAUAUCUCACUGGAGAAAAUUUAAAAUUCAAAACAAAGACUCUUUGUUUUUUUCGGUUAUAUCCGGUAUAUGUUGGUUGGUUCACAAUGUAACCGUCUUUCUCGGUUUUUUAUUUGUAACGUGAAACUUUGAUGUUGAUUGUUGAAGAAAACUCCUAAUGUUGAAAAUUUGUAUCAUUUUGAGCU